GUGGCAACAUGUGACGUCAUCACAGUGGGUCGGCGGUUCAUUCAUGGGUACACUGACUAACGUUAGUCCAGCUAGCAGGGUUGACGUGUAGGUAUAAGGCCGAGAAGAUGAUGGAAGAGAGCGGGAUUGAGACUACUCCCCCUACCAGUCCUACACCUCUGACUGUGGCUGCCACAGUCAGUGCCCCACCCAUGACCAUAGGUCUGUCCAGCCCUCUGUCCCCCCCAAGCACCAUGUCCAUCCCCAUCAGUUCCUCCUCAGUCUCCACCACUCUCCCCCCUGUUCCCUCCCUCCCCGCCUUCAGCAGCCCUCUGGCUGCACCCCCCUCCCUCUCCUCCCACUUUUCCCCUCCCUCCUCGCUCACCUCUCCCUUCACCAGUGGCUCUCCCUUCCCUCCCUCUGCCUCCCCCUCUUUACCUCCUCUGGCCUCUGCCAUCAGACCACCUCACUCCUCUGCUCCUGGCAUGCCGGCCCCUCCCGUAGGCCCGCCCAUGUCCGGCCUCUCCAUGAGCGCAGGAUAUGACAUCACACGGGGUCACGCUGGUCGGACGCCACAGACGCCAUUGAUACCGACGUUCUCCGGUCCCACCACCAUGCCGGGUGUAGUGUCCAAUGCCAUGGUUCAGCAGCCAGUCAUGACAGGAGGAUUCGACACUGGAUCUCCCAUAACUUUCCCAGAGGAGCAGGAAGAUCCCAGAGUGUCUGGAGACAUCAGCACCGGCGGUGGAGGCAUCUGGGGCUUCAUCAGGGGAGUAGCAGGUAACCCUGUUGUAAAGACAGUCCUGGACAGAACCAAACACUCUGUGGAGUCCAUGAUCACCACUCUGGAUCCUGGCAUGGCUCCAUACAUUAAAUCUGGUGGGGACAUUGACAUUGUGGUGACUUCAGAUAAGGAGAUGAACGUGGAGGCAGUCAGAGAUGCCUUCCAGGAGGUUUUUGGGAUGGCCAUGGUCACUGGAGAGCCUGGUCAGUCCAACAUUGCCCCGCAGCCUGUGGGCUACGCAGCUGGUGUCAAGGGGGCUCAGGAGCGCAUCGACAGCCUGCGUCGAGCUGGUGUGAUCCACGAGAAACAGCCAGUGGUCUCUUUGGAAAACUUCAUCGCUGAGCUCUUUCCUGACAAGUGGUUUGACAUCGGCUGUUUGAUACUGGAGGACCCCGGUUACAGCAUCCGCAUCGAGGUUUUCACUCAGGCCACUCCUGUGGCUCUAGAACACGUCCAGCAGGCUCAGUCCCUGACCCCUCCUGACUACAGCCUGCGCUGGUCAGGCCUGGUCGUUCCAGUGGGUGAGGUCCUGGAUCGCAGCCUGCCCAACAUCAACCGAACAGACUGGCACCAGUCCAUGACGGGCAUGACCCAGCGGCAGAUGAUCCAGAGCGCUGCCAAAGCUCUGGCUGGAAUCUACAAACAGCAGCUGCCACCCAGGAUUGUGUGAGGCUAAAUGGUUCCAGUUUAUGUUGCAUACUGGGAGAUGGAGACAUGGAUUGGAGUUAAACAUAGCUGAUGGGACAGGGUGGUUCCUUCGUCGCUCCCCAUCAGCCCAUACCCCUAUUCUGUCCUUGAGGGGCAAAAGCCAAAAUGCACAAUUCUGUAAAGUCACUGAUGUUUUUUGUGCACAGAUGUUUUCUGGCUCUCCAGCGUGUCAGCAGGGUUUCACUGAAAUUCCAUUAGAUAUGAAACCAAUUCUUUGUUUGCCAGCUCAGGCUUUAGAGAGGAGCUCAUCAUCAGCUGAUCAUCUCUUCAUCUUCCUUGCAACGUUUCUACACAUCACGUAAAUGAAUCAACUACCUGAACUCUAACCCACUGUUCAUGAAUGCUUAAGAUUACAGUACAGACUAUUCCAUGGACUGUGUCCCAGUUGUGUUCUAUAUGCUAGAGGUUGUCACGGGUUGUCAGAGGACUUGAAGAGACCCAGAGAAACCCAGACCCAGUUAGACUUAAUAAAAUAUGGACCUGCCAUGACACGAAGUGGGUCUCAGGUUACUACUCUACUUUAACACUGUUGAUUUGACUUUUUAAACUAAAGUUUACAGUGCACUAUUUUGGCAAUACGCAAAAAGCUUGUGUGCGCCUCGUGUCGUAUCCUGAGAUCCUGACGUUAUUGCUGAUUUCAGACCUUUAAAUAGUGGCUCAGUAUUUUGUGUGGACAUCUUUGCUGUCUGUUACUGGAUCCAUCCAUCCAUCCAUCCACCAUGCAGCUUUUUUUUUUUUUUCCAAAAUUUAUUUCCAGCUGUAAAUAACUCCUCUGUUUUACUUGCCCAGGGAAAAAAAAAAAAAAAAAUCAUUCAAGCAUGAAAUGAACUUGCUAAGAGCUAAAAUGAGCAACUAGGCCACUGUCAACCCACCCCCUUGAUGCUAUGCAUCAGUGGUGUUCCUAUGCUUCUGCUAAAUGUAUGUAAUCAUUUACUGGGUGGUAAUUUGAUUAAGCACAAAUUAAUUUGGGAAACUAAUAAUGAAAUGAUAACGGUAUUAAAACCAGAUUUUGACACAUUUCCUUGAGAUCUGGUAAAAUGUCAGUUAAUACUGUGAUUUAGUGGUGCAUAUUCCUAUAUGUAUUUUUUAGAUACCAUUAGUCAGUUGUCACACAGUGAACAUAGAGGCUUUAGAAGUGGUCUUGGGAAAAGGGUCAGCAGAAAACAGUGUCACUGUUUGCGUUAGUGAGAUUUUGUUCAUUCAAUAACUUCAGACUAAAAACAGUAAGUUUUCUCCACAUGCUCCUCUUUCUAUGCAGGUUCCACUGCGUCAUUUUUUACACUGUGCAUGGACUAAAGCCAUUUGGAACCAGUGUAUAGUCUGCAAUUGGGACACAGCUGGAAUGGUCUGAUGGGUCCAUCAUGUUUUAUAUAUGUGUUAGAUUAAAAAAAAAACAACCACAAAAUAAUCUUAGUAUCACUUGAUACAUGUUCUUGCUUGUUU